AUGAUAAGACUUGAAACGAACACCAGUAGCAGCAGGGGCAGGGAGCAGGACAGGGCAGAUGAAAGCAAGAGAGAGGAGGGGCCGGAACGAGGAGUGGGAAGGGACGGCAGAGGUGAAAGGGAGAUGGGAGCAGAGGCGGGAGAAGGAGGGGGGAGGAAAUCACGGAGGAGUGAAGCGAGGAGUUCACAGGAGCAUGAGGGGCUGGUGCAGAGUCUUACCCAGGCGCAGAGACUGCGAGACAGAGUGGCCAUGCAGCCGUGCUGCAGCACAGCAUCAUCAGGAGGUGCCUCAGCUGCUCUUGACAUCUCCUCCCACCCCAGGUAUGACCUUCUCAGCCAAGCCAAGGUCAUCCUACAGCAAGCAGCGCUGUCAGGGGGAGCCAUCUCACGAGCAGCGGUGAACCGAAUCUUCCGCCUGCCCCCUGCCACCACUUUUCAGACUCCUUCUGGGUGCUGGCUGGAUAGCUAA